ACAGAACCAUACACCAUGCACAAAACACUCCCAGCGAAAAGGUAUCAAUAUUGUGUGUCCUGCGCACGCCGUGUAUAAGGGGUAGCGCUCUAUUGACGGACUCUGCUAUAAAUCGAAAGGGAGUUAUUGUGCGGGCACUGAGUUGGAACCCCAGUUGAAACUGUUUGUGCCGGCUAUACAAAUGACAGGAAUCUAGUGUCAUGUCAUAAACACAAGCCCGAGUCUCGAUUCAGAACGUGUUUCUCCUUGGGCGUUGACGAGAUCCAACAUGGAUGACACCCGAAGUAACAUAUCAGAGACUUACCGCUAAUUUGCAGUCUUUUACGAGCAUACCUUGAAUUUCGCUAUGGCGCCUGAGAGUCUUGUACUGGCGCUUCUCUUGGGUGUGAUUGGCACCUGUUUGGGUCAGAAAAGGCCCCCUGUCUUUACGAGCAACAUGAACGGCCUGCAGAUAUCAGAAUCCACGGAAGUCGGUACAGAGGUUUAUAGGUUGUCCGCAACUGGUGUGGAGCCUAUCGAAUAUGACAUGAAGGCAGACAUGUUAAUAGUCAACUCAACGACAGGAGUAGUGACGCUAACUCGGACUGUCGACUACGAGUUAGGGGAAAAGAAGUUCACAGUUCGAGUUAGUGCCAUUGACGGCGAUGGUCUUGUGGAAACAGUCUGGCCUACCAUAGAGGUAGUGGACGCCAACGACAACGCACCUUAUUUUCUCCGAGACACAUAUCGGCAGACUAUCCCAGAGGACUUUUCCAUCGGCACCGACGUCAUCAGCAAUCUUAGAGCCGAGGACAAAGACUUCAAAGGCGGCCUUAUAGUGGUUACGUGUGAGCCAAACGCCACCUUGGCCAAUCCAAACAGCACUGAAAUAACAUACGCAGAGUACGUGGAAGCGUGCAACACGUUCCAGCCAUUUGUGAUGGAGACUAACAACAAGAACUGGCUGGGCAGAAUCAAACUUCUUAAAGGCCUGGACUAUGAAACACGAUCUACCUACCAGUUGCCACUUAUCACGACGGAUGGCCGAAUGUCACGCAUGCAGAGUUUUGAGAUUAUCCUCUCUGAUGUGAACGACACACCGCCGAGGUUCAGCUACGUCCCGGAGAAUGUCCCUAUUCAAGAAAACAUCCCCAUAGGCACUGUAAUCGGAAGCGUCACAGCGAAUGAUGGAGACACUACAAACCCUCGCCCUAUUCGCUAUAACGUCACUCGCUGCCCUACAGACAGCUCGAGCAGAAACGACGCUGAGGACAUGUUUACCGUGAACUUCAUUAACGGAUCUAUAUCCACAAAGACAAAUAUUGACCGGGAGAGUGCUAGCGUCAUAAGAGGUCUUAAACUUUGCAUCAAGGCUCAAGAAGUUAUCGACAUCACCACCACGCCAAUUGAGAUCGGGGACAACAACGAGACCACCGCUGUGGCACUGAUACGGAUCGAUGUGCAAGACCUAAACGACCAGACCCCCUCCUUCAGCAACGCUAACUACAACACCUCCAUCUACGAAGACAUCCCCAACGGCACAGCCGUACCAGGCAUCGCCCUCACAAUAACGGAUCUGGAUGGCUAUCCAGCCAACAGCUAUGAUGUUCGAUUGGUCAACUUUCAAGAUGUCUUCGCGGUCUUCCCAGUUAAUGGCUCCGGUCGAAAUAUCGGGGGUAUUAAAGUCAUAGACACGUCAAAGAUUGACUACGAGAGUGGCAACCGACUAUUCGAGCUCAGGAUAAUUGCCUACGAGAACAAGUUUGCAGAAGGUGGCUUCCAGCCUAACACCGGAUCGACCAAAGUGUCUAUCCAUGUCCUGGAUGUCAACGACAACACCCCGAGGUUCUCCCAGAUUGUUUACAAUACUUCUGUGAUGGAGAACGACGUUGGCUACUUUCCGAUCAUCAGUUACAUCCAGGCGUCCGACCCAGACUCGGGAUCCAUGGGCACAACGGGAAUUAUCUACAGGCUGCUGGGUAGUGAGUCUGAAAGGUUCAAGAUAGAGCCGCUAGGAGGGUCUGUCCAGGUCAGAGUUAGUCCUUGCGACACGCCAGGUCAAGGGGACUGCAUCAACUACGAGCGUCGACGUCGUUACGACUUCACCAUUGUUGCCACUGAUGAGAACGAGUCACCCCUGGGUCGGCGAGGAACGGCACAACUUGUCAUCCAUGUCAUCGACGUGAACGACGUCGCACCAGUGUUUACACUAAAUUCCUAUGUGGGCGAUAUAAAAGAAGGAGAACGCCUACUGGUGAACGAAGUGCGUGUAAAGGCUGAAGAUACAGAUUCUGUGGGGACAAUAACCUACACCCUAGCAACAUCCCCGGGAUCACAGUACUGGAACAUCCACCCUGUUACAGGAUUAGUUACUGCCACAGAGGCCAUUUUCAGACGCUUCACACCAGGGGAUCAAGGAUGGUUCCAGCUGAUUGUGCUUGCAAACGACACCGUCAACAGAGUACAGACGGACGUCAGAAUCAACGUCAUUGAUCAGAAUAAUUUCGCCCCGAGAUUCAUCCUGCCUAUGUACUACACAGCUAUUCCAGAAGAAACAAGGGGAGGGUUCUUCGUUGUCAGAGUGGAAGCUACGGAUCAGGACUCGAGUCGGUCCGUAAACGGCCGGGUUGAGUACAGCAUCGAGGAAGGUGCACAGGACAAGUUCGUCAUGGACAAUGGAAGUAUUCACACAUCCACAAACGCCGCCUUUGACUACGACAUACAGAACCAAUACAUGCUCAGAGUACUGGCACGCGACGGUGGAAAUCCUCAGAAGACUGGAACGAUAUCGGUGACGAUCAGCAUCAUCGAUGAGAACAAUAAACUACCUUACUUUACGUCAUUGGUGCAAUUUGCAGAAAUAAGCGAGAAUGCUCAGAAGGGGGAGUAUGUCACAACAAUCCUUGCAAAAGAUCCAGACAAAGAUGCAAAGCUAAAUUUUUCGCUGGUUGAAGAAAUAAAAGCAAUAUCACCAGAUGGACUAAACGUUGAUCCAAACGUUUAUUAUUUCAAGGACUUGUUUCAACUGGACUCCACUUCUGGUGUAGUGCGCGUUAAUGCAACGCGUCUCGAUCGUGACCUCACCUCCGUGAUCACGUACACCAUGACAGUCACGGACGUAUCUCAGACUGGAAGGCCACAGACUGGAACACCGGGUAUACUGAUUAUCCGAAUCAGGGAAUAUAACGACCAGUCCCCCGCGUUUCUACAGUCCAGAUAUGAUCUUGUUGUUGAAGAGGAGCAGUCUAUCGGAACCUUCAUCACUGCUCUUGUAGCACAGGACGCUGACGACGCCAUUGCACGUUACGACAUCGUCGAGAGGGAGCAGAACCUGUUCAGCAUCAUUUCGGAAACAGGUGUACUGACUGUACGGAAUAGAAUUGACUACGAACGAAUCGAACAGACUCAGUUCACGGUCCGGGCCUUUGACAGUGGUGUACCUCAACGCUCUGGCACAGCGCAGGUGUUUGUCACAAUCGUCAACACAAACGACAACAGCCCCAUACCAAGUCAGAACACCUAUCAAGUGAACGUCGCGGAAAACGCCACCGGGGGAACGAGCCUCCUUCAGGUGUUCGCCAGGGACAUAGACAAGGGAGACUACGGUAAUGUCAGGUUCGAGCUGCCGAAAGACAUCACUAGGUUCACGAUUGACCCCUUCUCGGGUGUGAUGUCCAUGGCUCCAGGGGUUCGCCUGGAUCGUGAGGUGGAACCUAUCAUAGCUACCCGCGUUAAUGUGUAUGACAGCCCCAAUGAUGAAACUGUUCGCAGGCGGUACAGCGUACCGGUCUACGUGUCCGUGUUGGACAUCAACGACAACUACCCGGUGUUCAGCAGUAACGAAUACCUGUCUGCAGAGAUCAUCGAGUCUAUAGACAUCGGUGCCCCGAUCUUCCAAGUGUUCGCUACAGACAGGGACUUCGGCCUCAACGCACAGAUAGUUUUUCGGAAGGUUGCCGGCUCUGGGGACCCUGAUGGUCUCUUCGGUGUGAGACCGCAGUCUGGACAAAUCCUUGUUGAAAGGAGCCUUCGAGGGCGCAUUGGAGUACACACUUUCAAUGUGUCGGCUACUGACCGAAACGGCGGCCCAGAUGGCUUGAAGGGUUAUUCCCGCAUCGUCAUCACUGUAGUGGAGUCCCUUAACUCUGCACCCGUGUGGAUUAUCCCAGCCAAUGACAACAUGACAAUAGAAGUACUGGAGAGCCAAUACCUGGGUUUGCUGGUAUUUGACGCGCACGCAGAUGACAACAACAGCGGCCGCAACGGCAUCGUGGAAUACUACUUUCAAGACGGCAGCGCCAUUGUCUCCAACACAGGGGAGUUCAGCAUCAAUCGAGUGACUGGGGUCAUCAGAGCAGAAAUUGUUUAUGACCGCGAAACAGUGGACCGAUACACGCUUCAUCUGAUCGCCAAGGACAUGGGAGUCGUGUCACUUAGGUCGGAGCGUCAUCUGUAUGUUAAAAUCGCUGAUGUCAAUGACAACGUGCCCGAAUUUCCGAGCAGGAAUGGGAAAACAAUCCCUAUGAAUAUCUUGCUGUGGGAGAACACCACCGUCGGUGCUGCCAUUGGGCAAGUGAGGGCAACCGAUCGCGACAUGGAGUUGCACACGACCAUCUACUAUUACGUUGUUGCCGGAGGUGAUGGGAAGUUCGUCGUGGAUCAAAAUACAGGGUUUAUACGGCUCAGCCAGGCAGUGGAUCGGGAGAUAAAAAGCAUUUACUCCUUCGACAUCAGGGCCACCAACGAUAACAUCGACUACCUUCUCUUGACGAACCGUGUCGCCAUCGACACCAGCAUCAUCACGGUCAGGGUGACGUUGCGUGAUGUCAAUGACAACGCGCCAGUAUUUGUAGGAUUUAACAGCCUUGAUGAAACCAACAAACACUACUUCGGAUUUAUCUCUAUGUACGCCCCAUUUGACCAGCGUAUUUUCCAAGUGACGGCGACCGACGCGGACGCUGCGGGAUCGGCUGCCAUCACUUACAGCAUCAUCAGUGGCAACGAAGACGGUUUCUUCGCUGUUGACGUCAUCGGGAGAGUGGCGAAUAGGCGUCUCUUAACCAAUGUGAUCAUCAGGAUUUACUCACUCACAAUACAAGCGUUUGACGGCCAGAUUGCUUCCACAGCCCCUGCAUUUGUGUUCGUCACAAAUGCUGGGAACCACGUAAAAAUGGUCAUCAACCUGCAAACGUCAGAGGUGGAAAUCUUCAGGUCACAAAUCAUAAGUCUUCUCAUGUCUCUGCCUGGUAUAAGUCAUGCUGGUAUUGUCAGUAUCACAAAUCACAUGGGCGGACAAGUAGUGGAUGCCAGGAGAUCUGACGUUACCGUGGUGGCGGCGGCUGCCGUCCCGACUGGCGGAUAUACUCUGUUAUCAACAUCACAACUAUUACUUAUACUCCAAGAAAAGAGGAGAGCGUCAGUGGCGGUUUUUGACUCCAUCUAUGUUGAGUCUAUUGGGCCUGCUGGUGCCGCACCGACCUGGCUGGACAGGACCCCAGUGUUGGCAGUUGCCAUCAUUGUCAUCCUGCUGCUUCUCAUGGCCCUCCUGUUGCUGUUGUUCUGCUGCUGUUGCAUCAAAUCCUAUGAAAAGAAGCCGCUGGCACCAGCGACAUAUCUGAUCCCCGAGAAGGAUGAAAAGAAAAUUAAUCCUGUGUACGAUAACAGCAUCUCCAUAGUUGAAACGACUGAUGCUAAAACGGUUAUUCAAACAGAGGAUAUUUAUGCAGUUGUUGACAAGACAAGGUCUGCCCAUAAAAUAACUGUCAGUCAAGACCCGUAUCCAUUUGUUGAUGACGACAGUCCCGUCAUCGAAACAGAGGUUGUUCGCGGACGUGCUAUUGGAUCGUCUGAGGUGACCAUCCAGGUGGGCCCUGACGUCAACGAUGGGCCUUUACCCGUCAUUGAGGCUCUAAUCAACGAAAAAUCAGACAGUGUUGAAUUUUCAGCAGCACUGGCAUCUGAAUCUCACACCUCUUCAUCUCAGGUUGUACACGGAGGAGAAAUUGAUACAUACUUUUUUACCUCUCAGCCGGAGGCAGAUACAGAGUCUGGGUCUAAAUACCCAUAUCCAUCUGUUCAGCCAACCCUUGAACCUUUAGCAGAACACUCAGAACAAGAGGAAUCCCAAGACGAGGAGACUGACUUCAUUAAUGUCGAGAUGAAUGGUGCACAGGAUCGUGGCCAAAAUGUCAGGAUACAUACUGACGCCUAUACCCAUGUUGAAGGAGCUGUUACCUAUGAACGUGAAGAGAUCCACGAGGUAGAAGUUGAGGGUGGGUACCCGGAAGGAUCUGGACAAAGAGGUUCCUUGGCAAGCUCUGGAAGCGUUGGCACACCAGGUUUCUGGGCUGGUGGCGCCUAUGAGAUUGACAUUCAUGGUGAAGAUUCAGACAGUGUCGUUGGCGCCUUUCCUUCAACUGGUGCCCCGACUUACGAGGUAGAGGUUGAAGAUGACCAAUCCACAGUUGAUAAACGGGGUUCGAGAGGUGGAGUCAACUACGAGAUUGAAAUUCAUGGCGGUCGACCAAAGAGUCCUGUAGAUGUCGCUCCUUCAACCAGUGGCCCGACGUACGAGGUAGAGGUUGAAGAUGACCAACCCACAGCUGAUCACAGGGGUUCAAGAGGUGGAGUCAACUACGAGAUUGAAAUUCAUGGUGGACGCCCAAAGAGUCCUGUAGAUGUCGCUCCUGCGACCAGUGGCCCGACGUAUGAGGUAGAGGUUGAAGAUGAUCAAUCCACAGUUGACCAACGGGGACCUAGUGGGGGCGUCAACUACGAGAUUGAAAUUCAUGGCGGACGACCAAAGAGUCCUGUAGAUGUCGCUCCUUCAACCAGUGGCCCGACUUACGAGGUAGAGGUUGAAGAUGACCAACCCUCAGUUGAUCAAAGGGGUUCAGGAGGUGGUGUCAACUACGAGAUUGAAAUUCAUGGCGGACGACCAAAGGGUCCUGUAGAUGUCGCUCCUUCAACCAGUGGCCCGUACGAGGUGGAGGUUGAAGAUGAUCAAUCCACAGUCGAUCAAAGAGGAACCAACGGUGGUGUCAACUACGAGAUUGAAAUUCAUGGCGGAAACGGUGAUGUUCAUAUUGAUCAAGCAGCCACUGGACACGAUUACGAAGUUGAGUUCCAACCUAAUUCUGCUGCAGCUUUUGGUGAAAGUUAUUCCUCGAAUACGGUUGGAGAUGGAAGCUAUUACGUUGAAAUUCAGGAUGGACAUCCCGGCACUUCUGAAGAUAUUCUUCCUGCUACCAGUGCACCAAUAUAUGAUGUCGAUAUCCAAGGUGAUUUCCCAAUCAUCUCCACAGAGUCUGAUCGCAGUGCCUUGGUUCCUAGUACCGGUGACAGGAGCUAUGGAGUAGAUGUUCCUGGCGGAGGGGCAGUCGCGCCAACCGGACACGUCAUCAGUGAAACUGAAAAGAGCAUGCACAGCACCUCAGCAGCUCAUAGUUCCCGUGUGAUAAGUUCCUCUUCACCCCAACACGGUGGGAAUGUAACUGUUGCCGAAACCCACAGCGGCUUCCACACAGCAUCAGCUGAAUCACGUACUCGGGUGCUCAGCUCUGGAGAUGAUGACGGAAACUAUGCAAGACUUCGUGAUGUUGAUGACGGGAAUAUGGCACUGGAAUUUACUGAAACGCAGAACGUACCCUCUCCUAGCUCCCCACACGACUAUGUCUACCUGUUUGGGGAUGAUGUAUAAUUAUGUAUUGACAUUGAAGAUGCUCAACGGUUCCCAAUUCUGCAUCUGCACCUGGCAGGGUUUAUUUCAAAACUCGAAAUCGGAUUUCAGGUUUUCCUGAAACUUGGAUCACGGAAACGAAAUGUGAAUGCGACAGCCAUUAACGUGAAACAUGUGAAAACACUACACGUGGUGACAGUUAUUUCUGAAAAUGUAGAGAUUUUGAUGUCGAAUGGACAGAGACAAGUAUUAUUUAGGUUUCACCACAGGCCUGUAUGAUCAGAUCGUCAGGCAAAUUCUGAUACGAAACCAGUUUAUUGCCAUUUCUUACAGUUUUAUGGCAGUUGUGGCCGAUAUAUCAUGCACAUCUAUAGCAUGUAUUUCUAUUACUUUAGCCUUAGAUAAACAACUUACAUUUCUAUGUAUGCAUCCAUAUGCAUAGUUCAUAUAUGUCCAGUUACAUAUCUAUCUAGAUAUUUAUAACGUGUAUGUUGACUAUGUUUACUAGACUACGACAUUAAUGAUGUCGGUUCAGGUUUGGCUUAAAAUAUCAUAAUAUCGUGGUCAUAUGUCUGUGAAAAUACUACUGUUGAAAAUAGAUCCCGGCAGCAUAUUCAUGGCAUCGGUUAAUAAUUGUUUUAGUAUCACAUUGCGUUAAUGUUUUACAAUGAUUAACCUUUAAAGGUAAACAAAUAAAUUUGAUUCCUGAAGUUUUCAGUGCCAAUGCGCUUUAUAUUUAUUGGUUUACAGACGCGUCUCCAAACUGUGGAAAAAGAAAUUUAUCCAUCGAUGUUACUUUCAAGAAAUAAGUUGCAGAAGUAUUUUUUGUACAUUUCGUUGUAUUUCGAUCGCUCGUCCUGUGAUCUUAAAAAUAAACAAAACGAAAGCCAUUGACUAAGGCUAUUGUACAUACAACAAAGCAGAUGUGCCACUGUGGGAGCCUUUUGUUGUUUUUGACUUGAACUAGCGUUGUUACUCUUGACAUGGUCAUAGGAUGGCUUCUAUUUCGCUUUGAUUGUGUAUUUAAUGAUCACAUGUUUUCUGCAUCGUUUAUGUAGUAAUAUCAUUACUGCCCGAUAUAGAAGAAAAUAAUAUGUAACCGUCAUUGCUUCGUGAUUAAAACAUCUAUUUGCAGUCGUAUUGAUUGGUAUCUUUUGAUCACUUCAACGUAUCGAUUUACUUCCGUUGAUGAAUGGUAUAUUAAGUGUAAAAGUGACUACUCAAUAAGGUAGGAUUGUUAAUAACUAAAACUCUAGCCUUGAUUGCUCUAUGAAAUGAAAGCUACCCAUAGACCCCAUUCCGACAUAACCAUCUUUACUCCCAGUAUCAGGUCAGCUGAAUGAUCACAAGACAGAACAUCGGUAAUGUCACAUGAUGGUCAUGUAUUAUUAAAAAGAUAUUUGAAAGUU